CAACACUGAUUGCUUUUCGCAGCCCUGAUGCCCAGCUGAUCAGCUGAUUAAUGUUUGUGUGGAGCGCCUAAAAAUCUUGUACAAACCGAAAAACUAUAUAAAAUGAGCCAUGAAAACCCGAAUAUUGUAUUUAAUCCCCUCAUAAGCUGUAUCCAGAAGGUAGUACUCUAUGAAACACGAACGCGGCUCUAUUUGGUAGGCAGCAACAAUCGAGAGACUCGUUUUCGCUUGCUCACCAUCGAUCGACUGGCGCACAACCGGCUGAGCAUCGAGGAGAAUGCAAAUGAGUUUAAUAGUUUGGAGAUUCGACGCUUUGUCGCCUCCCUCACAGGAUCGCCAAAGGUAACGUCCGCUUAUGGAGUCCUGGGGUUCGUGCGCUUCCUGGAGGGCUACUACCUCUUGCUAGUGACCAAGCGCAAGUGCUGCGCCCAUAUUGGUCGCCAUUUGGUGUACACCAUAAAGGACACGGUAAUGGUUCGGGUAAACGAGGUGACCUCGCAGCGACCACCGCAUCCACACGAGGAUCGCUACAAGCGGAUGUUCCAAAACAUUGACCUGCGCAGCAACUUUUACUUUUCAUACUCGUAUGACUUGACGCGUACCUUACAGUACAACGAGUCCGCGCCGCGCUUUGUGGGCGCCAAGGUAGAUCUGGAUAACGAUGAACCGCUUCCCGAUUGGAACACUCUGACCAACAAUGUGGCAAAGGCCCACGAGCGGGUGGAUUACGCCUUUCGCAGCGAUUCCCGCAAGCGUUUCGUGUGGAAUGCCUACCUGCUGCAACCCAUGGAGGGCAUUAUGCUUAAAGAUUGGCUCCUGGAGAUAACACACGGCUUCGUCAGCCAAUCCUGCAUAAGCAUUUUUGGGCGGCACGUUAAUGUUUGCCUCGUUGCCCGCCGCAGCUCACGCUUUGCUGGCACACGCUUCCUCAAACGGGGAGCCAACUUUCAGGGUGACGUAGCCAACGAGGUAGAGACCGAGCAAAUUGUAAGUGACGGCCAAAGAAUGUGCGCUUUUACCCAGAUGAGAGGCUCCAUACCUUCACACUGGUCUCAGGAUAUCAGCAAGAUGGUGCCCAAACCACAGAUUCAACUCGAUAUAUGCGAUCCCUAUGCGCAGACCCCAUCUCUACACUUCGAGCGUCUGCUUUUUCACUAUGGUGCUCCACUUAUCAUGCUUAAUCUGGUGAAAAAGCGGGAGCGUCGCAAGCAUGAAUCCAUAAUCUCCAAGGAGUUAGAGUACAGCAUUCGCUAUCUGAACCAGUUUUUGCCGCCGCCCCACCGCAUGAAGCACAUUCAUUUCGAUAUGGCGCGUCAAAGUCGUCUAAGCGGAGGGAAUGUUAUGGAGCAGUUGGCCAUUCAUGCGGAAAGUAUCGUCCAGAUGACAGGCAUGUUCUUUAAGGCGGCGGGCAGUGAACCGGGCUUGCAGACAGGAAUUGUACGCACUAACUGCGUUGACUGUCUGGAUCGUACCAACUCGGCCCAGUUCGCCAUUGGCAAGUGCGCUUUGGGUCAUCAACUGGAGCGUUUGGGCUUUGUAAAGUCUGCCAAGUUGGAGUUCGACUCGGAUUGCGUGACAAUGUUGGAAAAUCUGUAUGAGGAGCACGGCGAUACAUUAGCUUUACAGUACGGCGGCUCACAACUAGUGCACAGAAUCAAGACCUACCGAAAGACGGCUCCCUGGGGCUCACAAGGAAGCGAUGUAAUGCAAACCCUUAGUCGCUACUACAGCAACACGUUCAGCGAUACCGAAAAGCAGCACAGCAUAAAUCUGUUCUUGGGUAUUUAUAAGCCGAGUUUGACAAAGCAGGGCCCACCGAUCUGGGAGCUGCAGACCGACUACGAUAUGCACAACGCCUUUGUGCCCAGAACGGACAGUAAGCCUCUUACCGAUUGGGUGCGCCACAAAGUUCGCGAGUGCCUGCCCCACUCCUGUGCCGAUUCCAACAAACUUGUCAAGGAGCUGUUUCGCGUGCACAGUAGCGGCCUGGAAAUGAUUGAUGCCUACUCCAAUUACCACCAGUCCUUCAAGUGGACAGAUCUUAGCGAGCACAUCGCUUUUGAGAUCAGCCAACUCGCUCUGCGUUACAUGCCCACAUUCCGCACGAAUUACAGUCCAUUCCAGAGGCAGAUCCAGACCUCGCGAAAGGCUCGUCAGAAUCCCUCGAUGACCGGACACAGUUCUACGGGCUCGAUGAACAGCAAUUCGUCCAGCUCCAGCGAGGGAGAUGACAGUUCCAGUGAUGAGGAGUUGAGUGCCAGUUUUGCUGAGAAGGAGGCCCACCAAACGGAAUCGACGGAGCCGGCUGCGUAUACUUUGGCCUCCGGGCUGCCUUCGAUGGAGGAAAUUUACGGCUGCACCAUUAGUCCGCCUUCCAAGCAAAGUAUGGCUGUCUACAAGAAGUACGUUCAGAUGGGCAAACUCUCCAGCGGAGGCGCUCGUCCCGCCCAGACGGCCGUUGCCCAGCGCGACCAGGAACUGGCCAAGAUUAUGCGAGGCAUAACGCUGCGUCCGCUUAGUGACUACGGCACUGACUCUUAUCUCAGCGUGCGUCCUCCGGUCGUUCCCCAGCAAAGUCUACUCAUCUAUGCCGAGUACUGCCGCACCAGAAGCACCUUCAACGCCGUUCCCAAGUUGGAGGAAUUCGAUAUACUUUAUCAAUAUGUGCAGAAGUUAUAAUUAGCUAUAGUCAGAUAUAUCGUUUGUUCUCAAAUAUGGAUUAUGUUCUCAAGUGUAUUUAACUUUUAUAAAUAAUAAAUAAAAAGCUCUCGAAGAGUUUAAAAAACUUUACAGAA